UUUACUUUUUUCACCCUUUGCGGCUGAUUUUUUUACCUUUUUAACCAUAAAAUCAUAUGCAUAUAACUAUAAUACAGUGAUAGAUAAUAAUUAUUUGCGUUCGGGUUAAAUUAUAUUGUGUGGUACAAAGUACCAAUUGAUAAUUUUAAAACAGUUUUAAUACCAAUUUAUGCCCAAAUUUGUAAACAAGUCUUAUAGGAAUUUUAUUAGUCUAAUCUCGCUUAUUGGUUUAACCUGUGUCUUCAUCAAAUAUCGCAUUAAUAUGACAAGGAAGGAUGCCAUCGAACGAUUUGCAGCAAUGGAAGGCGGGAAGAACUUUACUAUUGAUUCACUUAGUUUUGCUCCCAAAGUUGAAUAUUCUGACUCUAAAGAUUUGAACUCCAAGGCCAAAGCGCUUUUAAACAACUAUAUUAAAGCUGACAGACUUUUACACCUUACUAGAAAGUCUAAAAAAGACUAAAAAUCCCAGUUCUAACCUCCUCUGACACCUAACUCAGUAAUAUAUUAUUACUAACCAUUAAUGUUAUAUUACCGAGUAA